UCCCGAACUUUAGCCGCGACAGCGCGGAGAGACCUCGAGAGACACGCCAGGGAAGAGCGAGGCUAGCCUUUGCGCGCUGACAAGACGAAGCCACAAUGAAAAGAACGAGGUCUGUGCGACCGGACAGACUAACUUAAGCAGUAAAAGUCUGCGCUAGCGAGACCGCACGCUGGGGACCUGUGCGAUGCUCACUUCCCGAACAUAAGACAAGCGAACGACCAAGAGCUCGUUUUGCACGAUGGCCGACUCGUGGGCGGAUUUGCAGUCCGACUUGCCCUCACCCACGUUCAACUCGGCACACGAGACGGCAGUCUCCGAUGCCCACCGCAUCGUCGAGCACGAGGGACAGCCGAGUCAGGAACUCCUGCAACUGCCGCCGGACCACUGCCAUGCAACGCCAAGACUUGCCUCGCCCAUAAGAGGCGAGCUGCUUCUGACGCCAGAGGCAGGUCAGAAGGACGGUCAGGCCGAGUCAGUGCCCAUGUCUGCCUCGUACCGCACAUUCAGGAUCAAAUCCGCAUCAGGUUCGUCGAGCAGCGUCAGCUCAAUCGAGCUUCUCUCAAAGGUCGACACGCCCACGCUACAAUGCAGUCUCAAACGGACUCACUCGAGUGAUUCGCUGCCAACCGACGAGCCAAGCACGACAGCACCCAAGAAGCGACGGAGAUCCUCUCACGGCAGGACAAACCCGAGACGACGCUGUCGGCGUUCACCAUCUGCAAAGCCUGUCUUUACUGCUCCGCCGCCAGUGCCCCCUCUUCCCGUGAACCACUCGGCAAAGUCGCACACGUCACUCGCGUCUCAGCCUGUGCUCAACGAGAGACAGCUAAAGGUACUACAUCAGAUCCAUCAGCCUACCAGCCUGGCGCUCUCUCGCCACGCCUCCCAAGAGGGCAUGGUCGCACUCGAGCACGAUGCGCUUUGUGUACCAGCGCUCAGACCGCCUAUCUCGCAACAGUCUCUCAAAGAGCUCGAUCUGGCAUCGUUGCUUGCCAACCCACAGCUGCGUCACGAUCUCGCACACACGCCCGUCAUUCACUUUCGACCAAAUACGGAGGGCCCGUCGAAUUUUAAGCGGAGGGAAGCUUGUGCCAUGUACAAUCUCGCAGUCGCGCGUGAGAUCAUAAGCGGCUGUCGCUGUACGACAUUCAUCUGCGAGGCCGACAGCUCGAGCGUCCUUACUUGCUUCUGUCGCUCAAACGUCGGCAUGCUUGCGUCUGGCAAUCUAUCUGUCCGCUUGCCGAGCCGCAUACCUCAUCUCGUCGAAGAACUGAAAUCUCUCCUACUCGCUCUACUGCCGGAUUGCAAGGAUCAGAGCUCUGCGAGGAAUAUCAGAGACAGCCUCGAUACCAGCCUGGUUACGCAGCAAGCGGAUCACCGCACUUUUGAUCUCGCUCGAUUCGCACGCUUCGUUGGUUCGGUCUUGCUGAUGCAUGCAGCACCCAUCCGCGAUGCUCGAAUCACGCAGAUGAUGGAUCUGCUGUCCGAGCCCACGCUGGCCAGCAUCGCAACAGGCUUGCAAGCAUGCUUUGAUACCGUUGAGCUCAUGAGACUUGACGUUGCCAAUUAUCAGCUCAAGAAGCUGCGACCGUAUCUGCUCAUCACGUCGCCAGAGAGCGAGCUUCACUGGUUUCGGUCAAGCUAUGCGCUCACAUGUAAGGCGCAUCUGUCGACCACUCGAGCACUUAUCGACCAAGCUACUGUUGAUUCACUCGACAAGUCGAUUGGCUAUGGCCUCGUUGAUAUAGUCCUCGAGCCUCGCACUGCGCAAGGCGAUAGCAAGGUGCCAGAAACGUUCAGACUUGACCUCGAUCGACUCAAAUCGGUACACCAGAGCAUCACGGAGCUCAUCGUCUUUCAUCUCUUUGGUCUCUACGCCAAGCAGCUGUUUGGCCAGCGCAAGAAGACGCUACCUUCGGAGCUCGGACACAGACUUGCUUGUAUCGUGCAAGGCACUUGCAGCAACGGCCGCGCAAGCGUCUCGGACACAGUCUGGCGUCGCAUCGUGCUCGCUAAUGUUGCCGAGGAGAUCGCUUCCCAUUUCUCUGACGCAGAGCGAGUCGCCGACAUCGCAAAGGGCUGGGCCAACAAUAACAUAAUGCCAUCCUCAAGGCUAUGGAAUCUUGUCGAGCAGCAUCUACGCACGAUACUCCGUGCACAUAUCGACGACGAAUCGCUCACUCUGUUGCGUGGCACACCGUGGUGGCUGCGCGAAGGCGAGCAACUCUGUACACCUACGACAUCAUCGCAUACCGCUUUACUUUCGUCUGCAGGUCUGUUGCAACAACAGGCAACCAUUCAAACGAUCGCAACAUCGCUCGCUCGCAUAAUCACAUACCACGUUCAUGUCUACCGAGCACUAUACAUUGAUCUGUUGUCGUAAACCCA